UCUUCCUCGCCGUCGUUUUUUCCUUUCUUUCAUUCAGUUAUCUUGAUUUCUUCGAUCAUGGCUUCCAAUUCGCAAAAUAAUUUUCUUGCUGAGAAUAAAAAACACCAAAGAAAAAUUGUCGAAGAAAAAAAAAAAAAGAAAUCCAAAAAUAAAUCAUCCUCCACAGUAACUAGUGGACGUAGGACUGGUUUUCCAGCCAAGCAUUUAGAUUUCUCAGCUCUUCUCAAUGAUCCAAAUAUCAAGGAAUUGGCUGAACAUGUAGAAAAAUAUCCAUCAUUCAAUCAGAUAGCUGAACAGCUUCAGGAAACUUUGCAUGGAGCAACUCGGGAUCGUCUCCCAAAAUCUAACGAUCGGAAGUAUGUUUCAACCAUGCAAAAGAUCAUAAACAAUCUUGAUUUAUGGAAAAUGUUCGAGCGCCUGAGUGAUGUAUUGAUGCAGGACCCAUCAACGUCUUCCGUGCCUGAAAUUUUUGUCAAUCCGUCAAAUAAAGGCCAGCGUAAACAGAGAAUGGCACACAUACAAAAAGAUCCAUGUUUGAAACUUAUAUUAGAUGAGAUAGAGAAUGGUGGUCCUGCUGUAAUGAUGAGAUACUGGAAUGAUGAGAAUAUUUUGAAGAUGUUUGGACUAGCCAUGGGCAUUAUUCCAUACUCUGAAGAUGCAGUUGCUUCGUCUGAAAAUUCUGGGCCAGAUGAGACAGAAGACAUGAGAUAUGAAGAUGAAUCAAUUAUUCAUCAUACUGCUAAUGUUGGCGACGUCGAGUUGUGCUGUAUGAAUUUGAAGGAACGGUUUCAGCGAUUGAGUGUCUCCCCAGUCGACAUCAUCUCACAAGUGCAAAUAGAGAGCAUACACGAAGAGGAUUCUUUUGUUGGAUUCAUGCUCAAACUCAAUCUAGUGGCUGUUCUCUUUAGACUCAGGCCCCGUGGGCCUCUUCCUUAUUAUUGGUCCGGCUAUGUGAGGGCUAUGUCUUGCUAUUCAAGGCAAAAAUCUUGCUACUCGAGCUAUUUGAGGGCAAAAUCUUCAACUUCUACCCAAGUAUUUUUUUUUUUUUUUUUCCUGCAAAUGUUAACAAAGUUUACGGGGGGCUUUAGCAAUGCUUUUGAUUCACAAUUUUAGUUUCUUUGUGCAUAUUUUAAUUGUUUAAAAUAUCAGUUUCUAAACAGCAAGGGGCUGGGAGAGAGGGGUUGCUUACUAUCCUAACUAGAGUUAUGGAGGAGACUCCUUCCGUUCGAUUUGCACAAGAAUUCCUUCUAGUUCUCUUUCUGUAUCAUAGUCUUUGCACCUGGUUUUGUACUCAUGAAGAAUUUGAUCAAGAAGACACGGCAAGUUUCUUCUGCAAAUCUUAACAAAGUCUAUGUAGCCUUUAGCAAUGCUUUUGAUUCAAGUUUUACAAUAUAAGUUUCUCGAUGCAUAUUUGAAAUCUUUAAUAUCAGCAGGAUGCCGAGGUAGUAGCAUUUAUUACUAGGGAAAAAGAAUAUCGGGAUCGACGUUGUUUGGAGGCAGAGUGAUAUCAAGGAUGCCAGAAUAGUCAGUUGAUGGGUCCUUUGCUAAUGGAAUUUACACCGGAUCCCCCACCUUGAACCCCCUCUUCUUUCCUUCAUUAUUUUUUUUUUGGUAACUCCUUCAUUUGUUUUUAGAUGACCCAUUUAUAGGAUACCGUUGAUACAAUGCUUUGCAUCUAGUAGUAGUAGACACUCCCAACUACUUCCUCCGUUUCACAAUACAGGUAGCUUUUAAGAAAUUUACACAUACUAAAAAAUAAAAUAAAUUUUGUCAUUUUUGAUGAAA